AUGGGGGAACCACAACCGCAGCCGCUGCCACUGCCUCCGUCCUCGCCGCGUUAUCAAAAACCGGAAGCAAAGUCAUCACCUGUGUUUGAUGCACAAGCAUCACCUGCCAUCUCCCUCCAACCCGCAUCAAACAAAAAAGGCCCCUCAAAAUCCAAAAAGCUUCUCCGGCGCUUCCGUGCUGUUUUCCGGUCAUUUCCCAUCAUAACCCCGUCGUGCAAGAUCCCGGUGUCUCUCCACCACGGCGGCCGAAUCGGGGAAGGACACAUCCACGGUGGUAUCAGGAUGACUGGAACCCUAUUUGGGAACCGCAGAGCUAGGGUGAGCCUUGCGAUCCAAGAAAGCCCUAAGUGCCUCCCCGUUCUCGUAAUUGAGCUAGGGAUUCCCACGGGAAAGCUUCUCCAGGACAUGGGAACUGGGUUAGUGAGGAUAGCGCUCGAGUGUGAGAAGAGACCAGGUGAUAAGACUAAGAUCGUCGAUGAGCCGAUAUGGAUGUUGUAUUGCAAUGGGAAGAAAUCGGGGUAUGGGGUCCGGAGGGAAGCGACGGACGAUGAUUUGAGUGUCAUGCAAGUAUUGCAAGCAAUUUCUAUGGGAGCCGGGGUGAUACCAAAUGACGGCGGCGAGUUGCCGGACGGCGAGAUCAUGUACAUGAGAGCACAGUUCGAGCGUGUGAUCGGGUCCAAGGAUUCGGAAACUUACUACAUGUUGAAUCCCGAUGGGAAUAACGGGCCUGAGCUUAGUGUGUUCUUCGUAAGGGUCUAG